AUGAUGGUGGGGGGAGUCUCGCUCUGGCAUGCUGUCCAUCGUGGCAAGACGCCCGAGCCGCCGCCGCUCGCUUCCCACGGCCCCGAGGACUCUCCAACGAUCCACAUUCCCGGGGUGUGGCACUUCUACUUUCCCCGCUGGAUGUACACUGCAGACGAGGAGGAAGAGGGGAAUGCGGACUUUUCGGCAAGCGCGACGCGAAGGGACGGCGGCGCUGGAAAGGCGGAAGGCCUGAAAGAUGCAACGAGUUCAGGGGCGAAAGGGAAGAAUCGCCGGCUCAAGAAAAAGGAAGCCACAGUGUCAGAGACGUCGCAGCAGACACCAAAGGGAGAAACGGCAGGCGAAGGCGUGCGACACGCCUACACGCGAGAUCCAGAUGGGAUAUGUGGCCGAAAAGGGGACUACGACGGACCUGAGGCGAUCUACUUCUUCGAAGAUCAUACAGCUCUGAUUCCGUCCCUGUCUGCCAGAGGGAACUGGGCACUCAUUGACCCGCCCCAAAACGCCCCACUUCUCAACAAAGAAUUCCGGCUGUGCAUUUUCAGCAACCGAUCCCCACACGAGAGGCUUCUGCUCCGAGGCGUACUCGCCUUCUCCCCUCGUCCUACAAUUUCGCUCUGGGAUGAGCGGGUCCAGUUGCAUGCAGCGCAGCUCGCGGGCUCGAUUUUCGUCCGGCAGGACGCGAAGGAACUGUCGUCGGCAUCUGCUACCGGCUUACCUCCUAACGUCGAAGUGUGGGACAACGCAGGUAGCGUUGUCCUCGGGCAGGAGGCGCAGGAAGCGAGCACGGAAAGAAAGGAAGCAGACGCUUUUGGAUCCGAUGUCCAGUUCUUGCCUGCUGGGAACUUCACAGCCUACAGGCUCCUGGGAGAAGACGAGAACUACUUCAAAGUUCACCACCCUUUCAUCCGGACCGGGCCGAAGCGGCUGUACCACGUCUUGGAGCCCGACGCGCGGGCCGCGCCUCCCGGCGCGACCGCGACAGUGGAGACACUGUUGGCCUCCAAGAGCCCCGUGGCUUUGUAUCCCUCCGCAGCGCCGAUGCCACACGAUGGCAAGCGGCAGCCUAAGAAAGUGAUACACCCCGGCCGCAAGAGGCAAGAGAAGGGGUCGGACAACGAGAGCGAGGACGAUGAGCACGAAAUGCGACAACGUCUCGAAGCACUUCUGAACCAAUUUGCGCAGGAGCCUCCCGAAGAAGUCCUCUGGCCAAUCCCGCGUCUUCCGGACCGAUCAGCGCUUGAAGAAGACGAAGACGAGGACGAUGAUUAG